AUGCCGGAGAGUGCCAUCAUAAAAACCCCCAUUGGCUUCGACGUUUCCGCAGACCUGCUUUCAAGAAGUCAUAGGUUCUUGAUGUCUCCGGAGUCGUCUUCCUCGUCGUCGAAGAAGAAACGGAGGAAUCUGGAGAUGAGGGUUGUAGAGAAUGCUAAACGAAGACGCGUCACCUUCGCCAAGAGGCGCCAAGGCCUCUUCUCCAAGGCGGAGGAACUCGGCGCCGUCUGCAGCUCCGACGUCGCCGUCGUCGCCUUUACCUCCUGCGGUAAGGCCUUCUCCUUUGGCGAUGACGCCAUCCGUCGCUACCUCCGCCUGGCGCGAGAACACGAUGGCAAUCAAGAUGGCAGGGAGGAGUGUGGCUCGGUGAAGGCGACGGGGAUGGAAGAUCCCGUCCGAAGACUGAGAUUUCUUGAGGAGCUCCGGCGUAAAGCAAUUGCUCGCGCCGAGGACCUGGCGCAAGCGCGGGCUGAGGCUACCGCGGCCAGCAGCAGCAAUGGGAGCACCGAGGCGGGGGAACCGUUCUUGGUCGGUGCAACGACUUCUUGGGGACCGUCCUCACUUGUGGAGACCCCCGUAGGCGACUGCAGCCACCGGAGCAGUGAGGAGGACAGUCUUGAGCGGUGUGGCACCGUCGAGGAGCCCUUCGUUGUUGACGCCACGGUUUCUUGGCCGAGCUCGCACCACUCGUCGAUGAGUUGGGAUGCCUUCGCAGCCGGCUAA